AUGCCUUCCAAAACAGUUGCUAGCCGCGCCGCCGCCCCGGCCAAGGAAACAAAGGAAAAGAAGCCUGCUGCCGCCCCCGCUCAUGCCUCCUACAAAGACAUGAUCAAGGAAGCCAUCCUGAACCUCAAGGAGCGCAAUGGAAGCAGCCGACAAGCCAUCAAGAAGUAUGUCAAGGCAAACAACAACAUCACCGUUACGUCUGAGACCCAGUUCGACUCUCUGUUCAACAAGGCCUUGAAGACUGGUGUCGAGAAGGGUGACUUCCAACAGCCCAAGGGUCCCUCUGGGCCCGUGAAGCUGGCAAAGAAGGAGGCCAAACCUGCUGAGAAGAAGACGGUCAAGAAGGAGAAGGCCGCCCCUAAGGAAGCCAAGGAGCCCAAGGAGGCCAAAGAGGCCAAACCCAAGGCCCCCAAAACGAAGACUGUCGCCAAGCCCAAGACUGUCGCCACGAAAGCGAAGAAAGCAGCCGCCCCUAAGAAGGCCGCCGCCGCCGCCAAGCCCAAGGCCAACACUGCUACUAAGAGAGCACCCAAGACCAAGACCAAGGCUGAGGCACCGGCUCCUGCUGUUACGGAAGUCCCGACUGUUUUGAAGAAGACCAAGUCAGGUCGCGUGACCAAGCAAAAGACCGAACCCAGCUCAAAACCCAAGGCAACAUCAAAGGCUAAGGCCCAGGCAUGA